AUCAGAUCAGCUGUAGACAAAUAACAAAGUGUGAUUCAUAAAAAAGAUAGUUUUUUUAUUUAUUUUUGAAGAAAAUUUGGAAUAAUGACCGAUUUAGUGGAAAAUACUCCAGGAAGAUUGGCCCUAGAAGUCAUGGAAACGGUGCACAAAGAUUUAGUUUUCAAAAAGCCGUCAGAUGUAGCGAGGAAACGUAAAAAAAUGAAGGUUCUGGAUGAGGAAAGCUAUGUGGAGGAAAUUGGCAACAUAAUUCAACGAGAUUUCUUCCCAGACCUAGAAAAAAUAAAGGCCCAAAAUGAUUAUCUAGAUGCAAUGGAAAGAAAUGACUCAGUCAGGUUGCGGGAGCUUUAUAUGAAAUACAGUGGCAAAAGACCACCUACAGAAAGAAUCCCCAGUCCUGCAACAUUCGAAACACCCACCAAUCUGCACCCUUCCCAGGCGGACCUACCUGACUUUAUUAAACAGAAAGGCCCUGAAAAUAUUGCUGAGCCAACCCAAAAAAAGAAGUCAAUCGGCUUGGAUCAAUAUUUGAAUUCGCAUACAUCUCAAGACAAUGAAAGUUUUGAGGAAAUAUUGGACGUGCAAGAGAGGCGACAACGAGAGAAAUAUAAAUACUUAUAUGAAGAGGAAGAGAGCAGUGUGGGAAAGCAAGACAAAUUGCUUGCAUUGCCUUCCAUUCAGCAACAAGCAGCUUUACCAGAAAAACCUUUUAAUUUAGAUACAUGGGGGUAUACAAAUAGAAACUGCCUGAUGUUUAAUCCGGAAGGCGUCGAUUUAACUAAAGAGAGAGAAUUAGAAAUUAAUAAACAUAGGCACGAAAUUGUUUAUUCAAAUACCAGAUUAAAAGUUAAUCCGUUCAAUGAAGUCCAGAGUAAAGAAACUAUCAAUGAAUUAGCGAAAACACAGGCAAAGGUUUUGGAUGGAAAAAUUGGAGUGGACGGCAAAGAGCUCUUAAAGCCAGAAACCCCUAAAAUAGGGGGUUUUAGUUUAGUGCGCACUCCCUCACCUUCUCCAAGCGUACUAGGAACCCCUUUAAUGACUUGGGGUGAAAUAGAAGGGACUCCUUUCAGAUUAGAUGGCAGUGAUACACCUCUACCAAAAUCUCAGGGUCCGUCAUUUAAAAUGGCAGAACCGCCACGAAGAGAACGACUUGCUUUAGCUUUGGCAGAAAAAGUGGGUGAGAAAAACAGGGAUCAAAAGAAGAGGGCUCUCGAUGCACAAAGAAGACAGUUUAGCACGCCGUCACCACGUCCAAAUACCUCCACGAUUGAGCGCUUGGCGACGAUGUCACCAGCAGCAAGAAAAUUGGCCACCUCGCACCUCAAAAUUCCAGCUACGGGUCUGUCGGUGCCAAGAGUAUCACCGAGCCCGCAUCGAACAGCGAAAACUCCCAAUUUAGGAGUGAAAACGCCUACACCGAAGAGGAUCGUAACGCCGAAACGUGGCGUAACUCCAAAACUCGAUUUGGGCAUCAGAAUUGCUGAAAAAGAGGUGUCCACCGACGAUUUGUUGAAUAUUAGUUUGCCGAGUAGGAAAGCUGCUGCCGAUUUUUUUUGACUGUGAAUUUGUUGAUGGGUCUCUUUUUUUUGUAUAAAUAAAUAUAUUUAUUUAAGUUA